AAUCUAGUACGAUACGCAGGUAGGAAGACCUCUCCGGCUUACAGUUAGCGUGAAACAACUUCUGUCCCGUACAGCACGAAUGGCCCCCAAAAAAUCGAGCCAAAGACGGCCCGGGUCACGAGCCGGAUACUUGCUCUACGAGAACCUCUACAGAAACCUUGACAUCUAUCCGUGGGCCAAAAAUCACACAGUGCAAUCUUGGAACAACCAUUACAAGAAGCACAUGGAGUUUUAUGAUAGGCAAAUCGACCGCUAUAAAGAGAAACAUGGCAUCUCAAGUGGGGAUGAUGAAUUUGAGGAUCUGGACUUUCACAGCGAGGGGUCGGUUUCUCCCCAGCGUCACGAGCUUCCUAAACGUCGGCUCCCACGACGCGAAUCUCCCCCUGAUAUUCCAGAGGGCUCUGGAAAUGGCAGUAGACGCAGCAGGGCCACCUCUGAAGACGAUAGCGAUGGGGAAUAUCGGCCACGGCCAAAACCCAGGAAAAUCGCCCGCACCCCUGCGAUUCAUCAUAUCUCCCACAUAGCUGGGAUCAGUGGUUCGUCUGCGGAAGAAAGGUCAGACAGCGCCCAGUCACUUAGGCGGCCUACAGUGCGAGAGCUGCGCCCGGGGCGGAAUUUAAGUGCCCAUUCGGCGGACUCCCCCCGAGGCGAAGUUCCACGAUCUGAGAGUCAUUCUCGUGAUGCAGACGAGUCAAAUAGCAGCGAGAGCGGAUUCGGCCGUAUCAGAGAAGGGGAUCCAGAAAAUCAGGCGGAGUGGGCCAAGCGGCCGCGCAAACUUCAGGAAAGUCCAGACGGUGAUGGAAACAGUGCUGCUGCUAACGAGUCGACACAAGAGGUAGAAGAAGACCUCCGAGGAGGGGAGGAAGAAUCGAGCGCGGAGGUUGAGCCUCCUCCCAAGAACAGUACGAAUAUACUUAGUUCACAUGUCACACGGACCCGACAUGCACGGCGCGCGGGAUUGAUUUCUCCACCUAGAAGGGUCACGCGUUCCGGGGCCCGUGUCCAAGCUGGACGCCGAGUUACCCGGCAGAGGGGACGUUGACGACUUCCAUUCUGUGUCACUUUACUCCUACACCUCGUUUUUAUACGGCAGUAGCUUAGCGUAUGUGGAGACAAUUCGAUUACACGCCCAGACUUGUGCGCUACCGGCCAAUAUUAAAUGGGAACAGGAUUGUGGUUGGAUACCAGUCGCACAACCAACGAAAAAAGUGUUUGUGUAAGGAAUGAUGGGAACAAUCCGAUAUGAACUAUUACAUAG